UGAUCUCAACGGCAACAAUGACGACCAUUACGUGCUAGUGUUCACCAAAAAUUUUCGUGGCUCAAUUCUUCGUCGGCCUGAGCACGAACAUUAGCUUCGGAGACGAAUGAGCUCACGAUCCUCGGGACGUCCGGAAAAUCAAAACGAAGCUCGAUAAGACGAGAUCCAGUGCUCAACAAGCACUUAAGGGUUUCAGAUUCAUAAGUAAAACCACCAAAACAGAGGAUGCUAAUGAACUCUGGCGUAUUGUGGAGUCACGGUUCGAUCGGUUGGCCAAUGAUGGUUUUCUCUCCAGAGAAGAUUUCAGCGAAUGUAUAGGUUCGUACCAGCAGCGGAGAUGCGGGGGCUAGGGCCAUGUCAAUAGUAGUGGCACAAGUCUUGUUCAGCUCAGGCCAAUAGGACAAAACUUGCAACCUCUGUAAUAUCUCAUGGGGUUGGGGAUUGUUAUCAAGUCGCAUGACCAAAUUUGACUUUGAUUUGACACUGACCAGCAUUCGAAGAUGGAUAAGAAAGCACAUCAUGAUCCAAUACGUGCCCACGCGCGCUUACCCUGUCAUCUACUCACCUCUAAGUUGGAUCUCUUAUCUCUUCCUCUUAUUGGAAAUUAAUUUUGUCUUUCUGGGUUUCAACGCUGAUCGUUAGAUUGGCAUUCCUUAUUAGAGCUGACUGAUCUGCAUAUCCAAGUUUCUUGAGCAAUUGGACCAUCAAUGCAGAAACGAUGUGGAGGCGCGUUUGUCAGAGACCCGCUGUUAUUUCCGGCGUACGAGGGCUGCUCCGCUCGUGCAGCGGUCGACGCGUGCACUCUUUUGCUUAUGAUGGGGAGAAGCUUACUCCACUUCUGCUCUUCUCUCGCAAUGCAUCUGCAUCUGUUCCCCCGGCCGAGCAAUUUAUUAAUUCAUACACAGGCAAGAGAUGGUUCUCUUCAACUCAAGCUUUGGUUGAUCUUCCUGUUCGUGGGAUAGUUGAGGUUCCCUUAGCACAAACUGGUGAAGGUAUUGCCGAGUGCGAACUUCUCAAAUGGUUUGUGCAGGAGGGAGACCAUGUUGAAGAAUUUCAGCCCCUAUGUGAAGUUCAGAGCGAUAAAGCAACUAUUGAAAUAACAAGUCGUUACAAGGGAAAAGUUUCACAGAUUCUUUACAGUCCUGGUGACAUAGUGAAGGUUGGAGAAACUCUUCUCAGGAUGGCUGUGGAGGAAUCUCAGGUCCCAUCUGUGAGUUCUAAUGGUUUGGAAAAUACAACACAUUUGAAUUCUGAGUUGUGUAAAGAAAACAUUGGAGGAGUUUUAACUACUCCUGCUGUUCGGAAUCUGGCAAAGCAGUAUGGUGUAAAUAUGAAGGACAUUCAUGGAACUGGUAAAGAUGGGAGAGUUUUAAAAGAAGAUGUCCAAAAAUAUGUUGACAGUAAAGGAAUGGGGGGUAAAGAAUCAUCUGCAACUUUACAUGAAAGUUUGAUAGAACAUGUGAUGGGAAAAGAGGAGAAAUCACCAUAUCAGUUAGCUGCAGAUGGAUCACAGCAUGAAGAUAAGACAGUUCCCCUGAGGGGUUUUCAGCGUUCAAUGGUUAAAUCUAUGACCAUGGUUGCCACUGUUCCUCAUUUUCAUUAUCUAGAAGAGAUGAAUUGUGAUGCUCUUGUGGAGUUUAAAGCAUCGUUUCAAGAUGCAAAUUCCGACCCAGAUGUCAAACACACUUACCUGCCGCUCUUUAUAAAGUCACUCUCUAUGGCAUUGACAAAAUAUCCCAUUUUAAAUAGUACCUUCAGAGAGGAGUCAUAUGAGGUUAUCUAUAAAGGGUCCCACAAUAUUGGAAUUGCUAUGGCUACUCCAUAUGGUUUAGUGGUACCAAACAUAAAGAAGGUUCAGUCAUUGUCCAUCCUGGAGAUCACAAAGGAGCUGUCACGGUUACAGCAUUUGGCAUUAAAUAACAAGCUUAGCUCUGAGGAUAUCUCUGGUGGAACAAUAACUUUAAGCAACAUUGGAGCAAUUGGCGGGAAGUUUGGCUCUCCCCUCAUCAACUUGCCUGAAGUUGCUAUCAUUGCAAUUGGUCGAAUCCAGAAACUUCCCCGUUUUGCUGAGGAUGGAAACGUGUAUCCUGCAUCCAUUGCCAAUGUGAAUAUUGGAGCAGAUCACAGAGUUGUGGAUGGAGCAACUGUUGCAAGAUUUUGCAAUGAGUGGAAGCAUUUAGUUGAAAGACCUGAGCUACUCAUCCUACAAUUGAGAUAAUCUACUCUCUAACAUGGAUGGCAACUUGGAGAUGAUCCAGCAAGUCUGUUCAAACUCUUUAUGUGCGGUUAGAUCAAUAAAAAGGCUACAUUACCACCCCCCCCCCCCAAAAAAUAAAAAAGAUCAAUAAAAAGGCUAUUUAUUUGUCUGGGAAGCGGGAAUCCACUACAUAUGAGCAAAUUCUAAAUUGAGCAGGCUUUGAAUUGUUGUAAUGCAACUUUGCAAGUGAGAAGGUGGGCUCCUAUACACAGAUUGCACAUAUUCUCAUAUGUAUAUAUAUAUAUAUAUAUAUCAAAAAAAGUCCAUUUUUUCCCCAA